CUUGUUGUCUCCGGCUCACCCAUGAUUCUCAACCGACUGGUGGCGCGUCAUGCGAUGACUCUGUCCAUGCUCGAGCAGGCACGCACCUAUCGCUUGGGACUGCUCCUGACAUGAGUAUUUGACCACGAUCAUGCGCUUUGGCCCAAGAACAAUAGCAUCUAUUAAGCGAACGGGGGCUCAAGAACAAAGCCAGAUAGCCCAUCGCUUCAUUCUCUCCAUCUCUCUCUCCCAUCUCUGCUGCCAUCCCACUCGACUCCUUCACGAUGUCCCAGCCCCCUUCGCCCAACGCGUCUGCCAGUUCAGCGCCAUCACCCACCCAUCCACGCGAACAUCUCGUCACUGUCGACAAUGUCACCCUCUUGGUCUCUAGCUCUUCCCGCAUGUCUUUCACCACAGGGCGGGGCGCAAACAGGAAAUAUAUUGAGAUAAACGUAUCCGUCGCAAAGUCCCAGGACGAUCCGGACGCGGACGAAGUGACCGUGGAGGCGAGCAGCACCAAGGUCGCUGCAGCGGGACGGAUCGUAGUCCAUACGAAGAAAGCACUGGAUGCUCACAUUUCCCUCAACGCGAGCGCUCCCGACUUCGCUGCGGCUUCUGUGUUAGCUCGUUCAGCCAACGGUACCCCCAACGCGCGCUCAGAGGCGCGACGCGCACACCCCUCCGAUGAGGACUCGGAGCCAACUGUCAAGAAAGAAGAGGAUGACGAGGCGCGUCCAAACGCACGCGCCGCCAAGCGCCGGCGCGGGGAUAUCACUGCCGAAACUGACGCACGUGGGGUCAAGGAAGAGGGUGGCGUAGACGACGAGCAUGGUCCCAGCACCAGGCGUGCAAAAAGAGUGAAACGCGAGCAUACUCUCCGUGCUGUUGCUUCCCAGUCGACCGUCGCUUCGCAGUCAGCUCUGAACGACGGGAGACCCCGCGGGCGCUAUCCAGUGGAUUUCAACCUGGAGAUUCCGAGGCAAUAUAUCACUUGGAUCGAUGGUGAUCCCAUUUUGUGUGGACGAGCACCGUACAGGCGUGGUCAACCGAACUACUUCCUUGCGGGACAGUAAUUAGUCGAACUGUAUUAGUGUAUUAGCGGUCCUGCAGACCAUUCGUCCUUUCCAUAAUGGAGGUGGUAAACCAAUACAAGACUGCCAACAACAUUUAUCAAAUAGAUGUAAACGAGUGUGUUUUGAUAGAGAAUGGCAAGGAGAUAUAACGGAACAGUAGCACGCCGAACAAACAGAAGCUCCUCAAUUCCUCUUUCUCCCCUUCUGCUUCGAUGGAGACCCUGGAGUCGGUGGACUGGCCGGAUUACGCUUCCGCAGAACCAUUGUAAACUUGGGUACAGCCUUUCGCGGGGAGGCGUCCAUGUCGACGUCCUGAUCCAUUGAGGCUGCCCGCGGAUCUAGAGCACGGCCCACAUCCAUAUCGUCCAACUGCCCACCCGUAUCUUCGCUGCCCUGAUUCUCGCCAUCCAUAUGAGUAUCGUGCUCAGAUUCAGACCACAACUCUUGCG